CCACCAAUCUUGAAAAUAAAUUGAACUUUUAAACAGAAUCAUCCAAUAAUUUGUUUGGAGAAAACUUACUCUACUAACAUUCAAUGGACGGUUCUUCAAAUUAGUAUCAUGUAGAUGCUCAAUAUAGCUCUCAGUUCUCUACAUUUCUAAUAUACAGUGAUUAAUUAAUUCAUUAUUUCACUUUUCUGACAAAAAUGAGGAUCCUUGUCUGUUUGACAAUAGUAUCAAUUUCAUACACUCAAGGCCAAUUCGACCCAACAAAACAUGCUAAUUGGGGUUUAGUCAAUGAUGAGCAAUGUGGUCUUCAGCCGGCGCUGAGAAUAUUUGGCGGGCAAAAUGCCCGCAUAGGUGAAUUUCCUUGGAUGGUACUUGUGCUUACUGAUAGAAGAGAUCUCAUUUCUGGCAGAGUUCAUGAAGGAAGCUUUUGUGGAGGGUCUAUAAUAAGUCGGAAAUACGUUCUAAGUGCGGCGCAUUGUUUCAUUGAUUCCCUUUACCUCAUUUAUAAUAUUAGAUUCAGAACUGGCGAAUAUGACACAGCUAAUAAUCCGGAUUGCGAUGAAAAUAAUGUUUGUGCACCAGGGUUCAUAGAAUAUCCGGUAUCUCAAUUUAUCUCACACCCUGAGUACGAACCAGCUUACAAGUCACACUACAAUGCUCAUGCUGACAUAGCUCUUGGCAAAGUUGAUUCAGGAUUUAUAUUUAAUGACUUUGUCCUACCACUCUGCUUGGAGUAUGGGGAUUUACUAAAUCAAAACUAUGUCGGUCAGAUAGCUGAAACUAUUGGUUGGGGAGCCUACCGUCAAGUCAACAACAGACUCCAUAUCCCAAGGAUCCUUCAGAAGGUCUCACUGCAGAUCAUCGACCAAGAGAACUGCACGCUUGCUGUGUCAGAUGUGCCUGAGUUUGCAUCUCUCAACCCUGAGUCCCUCAUCUGUGCAGGGUCACAAAUGGAGUUCUCAACAAGGGGUGAUUCGGGAAGUCCCAUGUCCAUCGUGAAAUCUGUUAAUGAUGACAUUCCACGCCAUUACCAGAUUGGAGUUUUCAUUCAGUCGGUGGCCGUGGAUGACACCUCCUGGUACGGGGGUCAUCGACCCAGCGGGUAUACUAGGGUUGGCACUUUCCUUGAGUGGAUAUUGGAUGAGAUCAGCGAUUACCAGAUGACUAUGAAUAUUCUUGUAUGUUUCAUAAUCGCGAUUGCCUCAUACGUUCGAUGUGAUUUUGACCCGACUCAACAUCCCAAUUGGCAUCUGGUCAAUGAUAAGCAAUGUGGUCUUCAGCCAGCUCUGAAAAUAUUUGGUGGGCAAGAUGCCAGCCUAGGAGAGUUUCCUUGGAUGGUCCUUGUGAUUACUGAUAAGAAAGAUCUCGUUUCUGGCCAGACUAACCCUUUCCAAUGUGGUGGAUCUAUAAUAAGUGAGAAAUACAUUCUUAGUGCUGCGCACUGCUUCAUUGAUAAAAUUCAUGAAACUUCCAACAUACGAUUCAGAGUUGGUGAAUAUGACUUCGCCAGUAAACCUGAUUGUGACGCCAACGGUGUCUGUGCACCAAACUACAUUGAGUAUCCUGCUUCCGAAGUUAUCAUACAUCCUAAGUACAUACCAAAUGAUAAAUACUCUCAUCAUGUUCAUGACGACAUAGCUUUAGGCAGAGUUGAUCAAGGAUUCGUUUUUACAGAUUAUGUACUCCCAAUCUGCUUGGAAUAUGGAUAUUUACUUCACCAAAAUUAUGGUGGCCUGGUAGCCCAGACUAUUGGUUGGGGAAUCUACCGUUCUCAUCCAGUCGUUAAACAGCAGUACCCGACUGUACUACAGAAAGUCUCGCUGGAGGUGUUCGACCAGCCGACCUGCACGCGUGUACUGUCCCUUAUUCGAGGCUUUUCAUCUGUCAAUCCAAAAUGGCAGAUUUGCGCCGGGACUCAUACCCAAUACCCCUACAUUGGCGAUUCGGGGAGUCCCUUGUUCAUCGUGAAAUCUGUCCAGGAUGACAUUCCGAGGCAGUUUCAGAUUGGCGUUGUUAUAAGCGCCUCUCCUGCAGGAGACACCUCUUGGAACGGUGGUAGACGACCCAGCAUCUAUACAAGAGUUGCCAGCUACCUUCAAUGGAUUUUGGAUCAGAUGAAGGACUAGAUAAAAUCAUAGAGAAAUUAUGGAGAUCUUUAGUCUACUAUUUGCCUCUGAUGAAGUGCACUAAAUACUAAACUCAUUCAAAGAAUCUCCCUCAAUGGAACUUUUUAUCUAAUUUCACUUUACUUCUUUGGUUCUCCCAGCAGUACUUACUGUACAAAAGAUUGAAAGUAUAAUAUAUUAAAUUCAGAAUCAUUUGCUAA